GUGUUGCUGCUGGGACUGUGUAGAGAGACGAGUGAAAGGAUGAUGGAGGCUGUGAAGGAGUAUCUGGAAAGAAUGUGGCGAGCGAGGUGUAGGGAUUAUUAACGAAGAUAAAUGCUACUUUUUUUUUUUUCUGUUUUGUCUUUUUUGUCCUCUACAGGAGCCCGAGCCACCUGUAGCAUCAAGAUCAAGAUCACUUGUUGAAUGUUCAUUUCAUUGUUUACACGACCGGUGGGUUUGAAGUGGUCUCUUUGUUUUCAGGCAUAAUUUGAGAGUUAUUGAAGAACACACCAGCCAUGGCCUCAGUGAGAAGUGAAGACCCCACACUCAAGUGCCACUUUAAGGGUCACCGUGACCUUGUGACAGCACUACACUUCAAUCCAACCAACACUCAACUGGUGUCGUCCUCCCUCGACCACACACUCAUGAUGUGGAACCACCGCCAGCGGCACAGAGCAUACAGGUUCCUCGGCCACACUGAUGCUGUCAAUGAUGUGCGCUUCUCUCCCAGUGGCAACCUCAUGGCCUCUGCCUCCAGGGACCGCACCGUGCGCCUCUGGAUCCCUAAUGUCAGAGGUGAGGGACUUGACAUUCGAGCCCACCAGGCCAACGUACGAUCUGUAGACUUUUCCCCUGACGGCCAGCAGCUGGUGUCAGGCUCAGAUGAUAAGUCUCUCAAGAUCUGGGCUGUGCAUCGCCAUAAAUUUGUUUGCUCCAUUGCUACACACACCAACUGGGUUCGCUGUGUCCGAUUCUCACCUGAUGGUCGCAUGUUGGUCUCAUGUGCUGAUGACAAGACAGUCCAGGUGCACGACGCCCUCAAUGCCACUACCCUGCACACCUUCACUGAGCUCAAGACCUCCUGUACACAUGUGGCCUUCCAUCCCUCGGGCUCCUGCAUUGCCUCUGCCAGCAAGGACGGUGUGGUGAAGGUGUACGACAUCCGAACACGUAAGUUGUUACAGCAUUACGACAUUCAUGAAGAGCCAGUGCUGGGCAUCUCAUUCCACCCGUCGGGCCACAUCUUGGCGACCUGCUCAGCUGACAAAACUCUAAAACUACUAGAUCUGCUGGAAGGCCGCCCUAUCUAUACCCUUCAUGGCCACCAAGGAUCAGUGACCUGCUGUAACUUUUCUUCCAGUGGUGAGCAUUUUGCCUCAGGAAGCCAAGACAAACAGGUAAUGGUGUGGCAGGGUAACCUGAAGUCUGUGGAACCUUGUGAGAACUUAGAGGAGGUGGAGGAAGAGAGAAGAUCAUAUAGCCCACUGAAUGUCACAGCCCAGGUGCCUUUUGGUGGGGAGAAUGACAAGGACGAUGAUAUUGUGGUGGUGGAGGAUUACAGACAAGAGGAAAGGCAACAGGAACGGCCUCAGGUUGAUCCCCACCAUGAGCAUGGAGUGAGGGACAUAAGAGCAGAGGAUGAACUGAAAAAUAUGCUGAUGAAGUUUGAAUCUACUGUGCAGCACCUGUCUUCUCAGAUGGACACACUCACCCAGACCUGUGUCAUUCUGGAGCAGAGGCUAUCGAUGGUAGAGAAUAAGGUGGCUGAAGUAGCAUAUCAGCAGCAGAACAUGAGCAAGAAUAUGUGAAAUUUAGCUCACCGAUGAAACAUGAUUUUGAUGAAUGUUGAAAAAUGUUAAAUCAUGAUUUUUAUUGGUAUUGUUAACAUUAAUUGUCCUUAUAGGCUCUAUCAGCAAAUUCCUAGCAUGCCUUUUACAGAAUGAGACACUAGAAGGAGUAAACUAAUAUGACUAUGAUCUUAUAUCACAUGGAAAUGAACUUAGACAUUAGCAUUAAUCUCUUCAGUCAUGACAUGUUUUCAUAUUCAUUCUGGUUACAAUAUGGCAAUUUUAUACAGCUUGAGAAACAUGUUAGGAUUAGAAAAUUAGGACUGUGGCUAUUAAUCUUUUGACUUCCACAGACCCUUCCUAAAGUAAAUAGAAUUAUCUAAUCAUACCCAAAAAUCAAGGUAAAAAAUGCAUCUCAGUAUUGAAGGGGUUAAGAGCUUUCAUUAAGUUACUCCCUUACUUGUGCUCUAAACUUGCAUCAGACCAUUUUAUAUAUCUUGAGAAGUAUAGAAGGUACAGGAGAGGCUGGAAGGAACUGAGAAUGCAUAGGUUAAGGAGAAAUUAACCUGCAAAAAUAUAAAUAUAUCCAAGAAUACAUUAUAAGCAUAGAGGACCAUAAAAGAAUUACUUGUUGCUUAUGACUUAUUCACUACUUUUUGAUAUAUUAGUGAGAGUAACAAUUAAGAGAGAAUAUACAUUAAUAAAAGUACUUAUAUAUUUUCUGUACAUGCUGGAAAUAAACUUGGCUUUGAAUUUUA